AUGGGAAGCCCCACAGAUGCGAGAAUGAUGGGUAACAUCACAGAUUCAGUCUUGGGAGAGAUCGCCAAUGCAAGGCCGCACCCACGUCUUUCACCCCGCUCGUCCGAGGACUUAAGUACUGGCGGCGAAACCAUCGAUCUUGAUUAUCCCUUUUCGAGCACCCCCGGUUCCCAGCCACCUGGCGGAGAAGAUACAGGGCUAUUUGGUGAUGCCCUUCUUGGCUGGUCUUCUGUAUUGGAUAGUGGCUUKAAUGAUAACUAUGGGUUUGAUGAGAGAUAUGCGGCAGACAUAUUGGGCACUCUACAGGAUACGCAGCAGGAGCUAUCUCAUCAGCAGCAACCGCGGCAGCAGCUUUCACCAAUCAGUCAAGGUUAUCCCCAAAUAACACCCCUUCCUCGUUUUUCAAAUACCACAAAUACCACAAAUAGCUUGAACGCCUCUGAUAUUGAGUCUGGCUAUCACGAACGAUCGCUUUCACCCCGUUCCCGUACACAUCACAACAAGCAGUUUCCACUACAAAGUCCUCCUACCAUUACUCCACCACAGACAAUGGUUCCGGACAGCGGGCGUAAUAGUCAGUGCAUUAUUGUCUGCUCUCAAAUCAUAUCCAGCUUAGAAAAAUAUCAAGCCGACAAGCUCAAAGUCCUAGAUCUUAUACUUGGUAUUGUCAAACGGGUGACUGAGAGACUUGAUCCUCUUGUCAACGGGCAGUUUGAGUUUCCCAACACCAAAUGCAUAUCUCUCUUUGGUAUUAUAUUGUACCAACUCGUGGAGAUCCUAGAAGUCGGCUGCGCCAACUUCCUUGCUGAAGCUGCCAAUACUCCAGGGUCUAUCUCUUCGGAUAUUUUGGAAGCUGGUUUCCACGAAUUUGACUUUGGCGGCCUGGGCAUAGGCUUCAAGGAUCAGGAGCGCUUCCAGUCGCAGGUCAUCCUGGAAGUGAUUCGCCUGGUAUUCAAAAUAAUACAAAAGGUGUUCUUUAUUUCGACGAAGGCGGGGUUAGACAAAGAUAAUUGUUAUCAUGACAGAGACAGCCGUUUAAAAACGCUUGUGGAGAAGGUGAAGAAAAGGAGGGAAGGAGCUGGAGGGGCGAUGAUUACGAGUCUUAAUAGACGUAGUGACGCAGUUAUAUAUUAG